GACAAACAGCGGUCUUUCCUAAAGUAAAACGUCACUCGUCUCGCCCAUUUUCUGAUCCCUCUCCGCCCUUGCGAGCAGCGAGCAUUUCCAUUUCCAUAUAUCAUUGAUCGGUCCUGUGUACAGAAAGCGACAAUGGACUCGUUUUUGUGGCUAUUGAUCCUCUCCUUCUCCAUGCUGUCGGGGUCCUUUUUAGCCGGAAACAUACCGCUCGCGUUCCAUUUUUCGGAAGAGCGGCUACGGCUUGUGUCGACCUUUGGUUCGGGCAUGCUGGUGGGAACAGCACUCAUAGUCAUUCUGCCAGAGGGAGUGGAAACACUGUAUUCGGUACAAUUGAAGAACCAAUUGGCAGAGGAGCGAGCGGCGGCGGUCGAAGCGGGAACUCGACAUGAAAGAAGGAGUUCUGAAUUAGGGGCAGAUAUAAUAUCUUCAAAGCAGGAAACAGGACUGGCAAAAAGGGACGGACAGGCCCCAAGCUCUGUUUCUUGGUGGGAUGCAACAAUACCGCGCACGUCGACUGGCAGACGUGCACUGCAAUUAGCCCGACGCGCUCAGCAAGACGUGGAGCACCCUCGCAAAAUAGCAGAGAACGGUGAGAUCAUAGAGGAGCAGAGCGCACAUACCGAUCACCAUGAUCACUCUGCAUUCGAAGCACAUCGAUACAUUGGCGCAGCGCUGGCCAUUGGGUUUGCCUUCAUGUUCUUGAUAGAGAAUGCAGGACAUUUCGGUCAUAGCCAUAAAAGUUCCUCGCAUAUUGUUACGGUCAACGACUUUCGGGAUGUUGCCCCGUAUAAAAAUACAAAAACUGCAGCAACUAUCGGCUUGGUUGUCCAUGCAGCCGCGGACGGUAUUGCUUUGGGCGCGGCAUCGGCAUCAGACCGGACAAGUCUGGAGCUAAUUGUCUUCCUGGCGAUCAUGCUCCAUAAAGCGCCGUCUGCAUUUGGUCUUGCCACGUUCCUUUUGGCAGAAGGGCAUACUCGCAAAGUAGUCCGACAGCAUCUGCUGGUGUUCUCUCUAGCGGCCCCGCUGGCGGCGAUCGCGACCUAUACACUGCUUUUCAAUUACGGAAUAGAUGAUCCUAUAAUCAUGCACAAGUGGACUGGAAUUCUACUUUUGUUCAGUGCAGGGACAUUCCUUUACGUGGCAACGGUCCACAUUCUUCCCGAAAUAUAUGUAACUGGCAAGGGACGAUCGGGUGGCGGGGGAGGGCACGACAAAAAGCUGUCGUUGACACAGAUAAUAUGCUUACUUGGGGGAAUAUUUUCCCCCUUAUUGUUGGCAGUGGAGCAUUCACACUGAAACAGAACUCGAUUCCAUCCAUUAUACAUGCUUCUGCGCUUUUCCGUGCAUCGUCGGUCAGAGAUUCCCAGACCAGACGCUAUGCAUGGCUCAGCUACCAAUCCCAAGCGACUGUCCGUGGUGCAUCAAAGAACUACCGAACUGAUGCGGGCACAAGGGAUGACGACAGUUGGGAAAUGAAAUAUAUCAUGUAUAUAUGCCAUGCGGAUACAUUCUAUCUAUACUACAGUAGUGCUUGUGGGUUGGGAGGCUCCCAGGGAAGCCGCAUCAUCGAGGGCUUUCACGUCGAACCCGGGCACAGCCGGAUACCGGUUUCUAAUCAAUUUCAACUUUCUGUGUUCCACAAAUUCCGGCCAUACCAACCCCUCAGCGCUUUCUUCCACCAAAUAUCUGUAUUGUUCCCGCUCCCACCAUAUUGUAUAUUGUCCCAACUCAUAAUCAGAUGGGAUCACAGAGUCACCGUGCUCAGUGUUUGCC